CUUUGACGGUUAAAACGAUGCGGAUCGUCCUUUUAGUUAGUUUAUUUCUCGUCGUGAAGCUCAUCGCGGCUUGCGAAUACCGAAUUUUCAGUUCGUCUUUGGAAACAUCCACUGCCUCAAGUGUCGUCACUGCCAGCUUCGACUAUCAGUACAAGAAUGGAUUAACAAUUAGCAUCAAACGUGGCGAAAAUGUCAUUCAAACGAUUAUGACAGCGGAUAAUUUGGGUUCUUCAGCGGAUCCUGUCGAAACGGGAAAAUCUGUGCAAUUUUCGGGUUUGGGAAGAGCUGUUGCGAUCUCGCUCGAAGUCGAUGAUUCGGAUUAUACGGAGUUCAAAGUCACGCGGGAGAUGCAAAAAGGUGAAUAUGCGCGAGAUUGUUUGAUGUUUGAGUCAGGAGUUCAUUGGUAUGGCGGGCCUCAGAUGAAAACUUCGCAAUAUUGGCCGAUUGAAAGUCAAAAUUUCACAAAUGAGGCUUACGUGACGAAAGAAAAGGAAAGUAUGGCUGUCACAGAACGUUAUUGGUUGAAUUCCAAAGGUGUUUAUAUUUACGUGAAACCCGAAGCGCCGCUUUUUAUCUCGCAAGUCCCGAACCAAGUCCUUUGUUUGACAGCGAAAAAGGAAUCUCCGUACAACACAGACUCGAGAUUUUUCGUUUUUGAGUACGUCAUCGGUGUUGCGAAAGAUCCCAAAGAAGCGCACUUGAAAGCCGUGAAAAAUCAUUUGGGACUUCCGACGGGAAUUCCGGACCAAACGAUGGUUCAAUACCCGAUCUGGAGUACUUGGGCGAAAUAUUUGCGGGACAUCAACGAAGACGUCGUCAAAGAAUUCGCCAAAACCAUCAAGGAAAAAGGCUUUGACAACAGCCAAUUGGAAAUUGACGAUUUAUGGGAAGUUUGUUAUGGCUCUCUGCGAAUUGAUAAAAAUAAAUUUAAUAAUAUGGCGUCGUUGGUAAAUACGUUAAAAACUGACGCUACUUACGGCGUUAAACGAGUUACGCUGUGGAUUCAUCCCUUCAUCAAUGUUGGAUGCGAACCGGAAUACAGUUAUGCCAAGAAAAUGGGAUAUUUUGUGCAAAAUAGUACGGGAGGCAUACUCACGAAAUGGUGGAAUACUCCAAAGUCUGAUGAUUGGGCGUCGUAUAUUGACUUUACGAAGCCUGCAGCAGCAAAUUGGUUCAUUGAAAGGCUUACAGCGCUGAAGGAAGAAGGAACUUUUGAUAGUUUUAAAUUUGAUGCGGGAGAAACUUCGUGGGCGCCCGCUAAUCCGAUCUUGCAGGGCGAUAAAUCUCUUCAUCCAGGUAAACUAACGACAGAUUACAUCAACACUUUACUGACAAGACCGCCAUUAAACAACAUCGUCGAAGUCCGUUCGGUGCAAGGAAAUCAAAAAAUGGAUAUUUUCGUGCGAAUGAUCGACAAAGACAGUUUUUGGGAUUACAGAAAUGGAUUGCCGACAUUGGUAACGACACUUUUGCAGAUGAACAUGAACGGAUAUCCCUUCGUUUUGCCCGACAUGAUUGGAGGAAAUGGUUAUCCGGGAUCAGAAGUUACGAAAACUCUCUUUAUUCGAUGGAUGCAAGCGAAUAUUUUCAUGCCUGCAAUGCAAUAUUCAUUCCCGCCAUGGGAUUAUGAUCCAUCUGAUGGUUCUGAUACUGAAACGAAUACUUUGGCAGUUGCAGCAAAUGCUUUGCAUUAUCAAUACGCAGAAGACAUUAAAACUGCGAUGGAAAAGGCGGUUUCUGAUGGAUAUCCUGUUAAUCCUCCGAUUUGGUGGAUUGAUCCAACAGAUCAGAUGGCAUUAGCUUGCGGGGAUCAAUUUUUGUUGGGAGAAAAGAUUUUGGUAGCUCCUGUACUUGAAAAAGAUGCAACAACUCGCAAUAUUUACCUGCCUAAAGGAACUUGGCAAGAUGGAAACACGCCAGCGAAGUCUUAUACGGGUCCCAGAAACUUGACGGCUUAUGCAGCUCCAUUAAAUGUGUUGCCAUAUUUCAUUAAGACAGAUUAAAUUUAUAAAAAUUUAAUAAAAAUUCAAACGAAGACGUAAGAUAGAAGAAAAAUUUUUCCAAAAAUAAAUUAAAAAUAAUAAAUUCAUUAAAAAUGUUGUCGAUUUUUAUUAUUUUUCUCAAAAAAAAA